AUGGUCAAGCCAGGGGGCAGCUGCCCCGCUGAAGGCCCCUGCUCAGCAGACUGUUGCAUCAUAGACAUUUGCAGAAUGCCUUAUUUUAUGAGACUCGUUUUGUUCUCGUUUUGCCUGAUGGCUCUUGUGGAGAGCAGAAAAUCCAGGAGGAAGAGAUGGACAGGGCAGCUGGAAAUGCCCAAGCAAAGUCACUUGUAUAAAAAGAACCUUGAUGUGACCAAAAUCCGGCCAGGAAAACCUCGGCCUCUGCUCAGAGUAGACGACCAUGACUUCACCAUGAGGCCAGCCUUUGGAGGCCCUGCCAUCCCUGUGGGCGUGGACGUGCAGGUGGAGAGCCUGGACAGCAUCUCCGAGGUGGACAUGGACUUCACCAUGACCCUGUACCUGAGGCAUUACUGGAGGGACGAGAGGCUGGCCUUCCCCAGCACCAGCAACAAGAGCAUGACCUUCGAUGGCAGGCUGGUGAAGAAGAUCUGGGUUCCCGACGUCUUCUUCGUUCACUCCAAACGGUCAUUUACUCACGACACCACCACAGACAACAUCAUGCUGAGAGUGUUCCCAGACGGCCACGUGCUGUACAGCAUGAGGAUUACCGUCACGGCCAUGUGCAACAUGGACUUCAGCCACUUCCCCCUGGACUCCCAGACCUGCUCUUUGGAGCUGGAGAGCUAUGCAUACACAGAUGAAGAUCUGAUGCUGUACUGGAAGAAUGGGGACGAGUCCCUGAAAACGGACGACAAGAUCUCCCUGUCCCAGUUUCUGAUUCAGAAAUUUCAUACGACGUCCAGACUGGCCUUCUACAGCAGCACAGGCUGGUACAACCGUCUGUACAUCAACUUCACUUUACACCGUCACAUCUUCUUCUUCUUGCUCCAAACCUACUUCCCUGCCACCCUCAUGGUCAUGCUGUCCUGGGUGUCCUUCUGGAUCGACCACAGAGCUGUGCCUGCCAGAGUUUCACUGGGAAUCAUGACGGUGCUGACCAUGUCCACCAUCAUCACGGGUGUGAACGCCUCCAUGCCCCGAGUGUCCUACAUCCGGGCGGUGGACAUCUACCUCUGGGUCAGCUUCGUGUUCGUGUUCCUCUCGGUGCUGGAGUACGCGGCUGUCAACUACCUGACCACGUUGCAGGAGCAGAAGGAACGGAAGUUUCGAGAGAAGGUGAGGAGUCUUCACUCCUUUUCUCCUUUUCCAUGCAUGUGUGGAAUGCUUCACUCAAGAACCAUGAUGCUAGAUGGAAGCUACAGUGAAUCCGAGGCCAACAGCCUGGCUGGCUACCCAAGAAGCCAUAUUCUGCCAGAAGAAGAAAGGCAAGACAAAAUAGUGGUCCAUUUGGCCCUCAACAGUGAAUUGACAUCCUCCAGAAAGAGAGGCCUUCUCAAAGGCCAAAUGGGGCUCUACAUCUUCCAGAACACCCACGCCAUUGACAAAUACUCCAGGUUGAUAUUUCCGGCCUUCUAUAUAUUUUUCAACCUAAUUUACUGGUCAGUGUUUUCCUAGGGAUUCCAAGGCUGUGUCUAAGAAAGGGCAUGGACAGCCCUUGGUGGACACAUGGACCUGAUGACCACACUUCCUACACCAGGCCGAGCAGCUGGCUUGGAG